AUGGCAUAAAUAACAAUCUGAGCGCGCACGUGGAAUUUAUUCGGCGUCCAGAUUUUGUUACAAUUAUGGUGUUUUUUACAUGCAAUAUUUGCGGAGAGUCUGUGAAGAAGCCGGCCGUAGAGAAGCACUACCAAACGAGAUGCCGGGGCAAAACGAAGAACGUCUCCUGCAUGGACUGCCUGAAGGACUUCUACGAGGAAGAGUACGUUGCACACACCAAGUGCAUUUCGGAGGCACAAAAGUAUUCGAAUCAGAACUUUGUGCCCAAGGAGCCCAAGAACAAAAAUGCCCAGAAGCAGGAGAGCUGGAUGGACAUAAUCCGUGCCAUCUUGGACAGCACUGAGUACCAGCUGACGCCGCAGCUGAGGAAUGCCUUCCAGAGAUUACAGAGUGUGGACAAUGUGCCGCGCAAGAAGGCCAAGUUCGAGAACUUUGUGGGCAACUGCAUGAGAAUGCCCAGGCACCAGGCCACCGAGGUGUGGGACAUCCUCGAAAAGGAGCUCAACAAAAUGAAGGAGGCCAAACAAGCGGAACUGGCAGCAGCAAAGGCGGCAAAGCAGAAGGAAGCGGGAGCGGAGGCGGAAGCAGAAACGGAAGCAGAUGUGCCGCCCAAGAAAAAGACCAAGCUGGAGAAUGGAGAAGCGACUCAAACAGAUUCAGCAGCGACUGAGGAGACCAACGAAUUUGAUUGGACUGCCCAGUUGAGCAAGUUGGUGGCCAAGCAACCCGAUGGCAUCUUUCUGGAGAAGCUCAAGAAGAAGCUGGCCAAGAAGUACACAAAGCAUUUAGCUGUGACGGAGCUGACUGAGAAGCAAUCCAAGAAGUUCGACAAACGCUUCGACAAGCAGCUCAAGAAAUGCGAUGGACUGCAGCUGGAAGGGGAUCUGGUGAAGCAAUGCUGACCCUGGAACCUUAUUUAAGUUUCUAGCCUAAUUUUAACUUACUCGUAACUGUAGACAACCAUUAAACCUGUAAGCAACAAUAAC